GCGCACAUACGGUCACACUGCACGGUUUCGAAUCGCUUAACAAGUUUUUGCUUAAAAAGCUUUGCCGAGCACUAAGUAACCACCGCCUUUCGCACCCACAACACAACGCCACCAGCCAGAACAAUGAUCAAGCGAUGUACCUUGUACCCAGCCAACAAUUAGCAUUACUUCCCCACCGAGUUAUACAAUAAUACAAUGCGGCUUAUCGGGAAACUGGACACCGAACGCAUCGAACGCCGUUUCCCUGGUGACCGGAGGAGCCUCUGGACUGGGCCGCGCCACCGCCGAGCGCCUGGCCAAGCAGGGCGCCAGCGUGAUCCUGGCCGAUCUGCCCUCCUCCAAGGGCAACGAGGUGGCCAAGGAGCUGGGCGACAAGGUGGUCUUCGUGCCCGUGGACGUGACCUCCGAGAAGGAUGUGAGCGCCGCUCUGCAGACGGCCAAGGAUAAGUUCGGUCGUCUGGAUCUGACUGUGAACUGUGCGGGCACAGCCACCGCGGUAAAGACGUUCAACUUCAACAAGAACGUGGCGCACCGCCUGGAAGACUUCCAGCGGGUGAUCAACAUCAAUACCGUGGGCACGUUCAAUGUGAUCCGUCUGUCCGCCGGACUGAUGGGCGCCAAUGAGCCCAAUCAGGAUGGACAGCGCGGCGUGAUCGUGAACACCGCCUCGGUGGCUGCCUUUGAUGGCCAGAUCGGCCAGGCGGCCUACUCCGCCUCCAAGGCAGCCGUGGUGGGCAUGACCCUGCCCAUUGCCCGUGACUUGAGCACCCAGGGCAUACGUAUCUGCACCAUUGCACCGGGUUUGUUCAACACGCCUAUGCUGGCCGCCCUGCCGGAGAAGGUGCGCACCUUCCUGGCCAAGUCCAUACCGUUCCCGCAGCGCCUGGGCGAGCCCAGUGAGUACGCCCACCUGGUGCAGGCCAUCUACGAGAAUCCGCUGCUCAACGGCGAGGUCAUCCGUAUCGACGGUGCUCUGCGCAUGAUGCCCUAGAUCCGGCUGAGCACUGUCUUGGACCUGUGGAAGUGGCUCGAUCAGUUUGCAUUUAUCUAUUGUCUAGUGGUUAAGCUGAAAAGUUUUAUUAUCUGUCCCGAAAUUAUGUAAUAAUUGCUAUUAAACACACAAUGUCACAUUUC